GGUCCUUCUCGUUAUUUUCAACCAAGGAAUGAAAUAAUCCCGGUGCUACCCUUCCUUUUUCCUCUAAUAAAAAUCAAUUUUAUAACUUUCUUUUCCCAUAUUACGCGUUGGAGCAAAGCUUCCUUCAUCUCUUUACGUACUCCGAAGCUUUCAUCUCCAAAGGUCGGAUCAAGGAAGUGAAGAGAAAUGGGGUUAACAUUCACAAAGCUGUUCAGUCGGUUAUUCGCGAAGAAGGAAAUGCGAAUUCUGAUGGUUGGUCUCGAUGCGGCUGGUAAGACCACCAUCCUUUACAAGCUCAAGCUUGGAGAGAUCGUCACCACCAUCCCUACCAUUGGGUUCAAUGUUGAGACUGUGGAGUACAAGAACAUUAGCUUCACCGUUUGGGAUGUUGGAGGCCAAGACAAGAUUCGUCCACUGUGGAGGCACUACUUCCAGAACACUCAGGGUCUUAUAUUUGUCGUAGACAGCAAUGACAGGGAUAGAGUUGUUGAGGCCAGAGAUGAGUUACAUAGGAUGUUGAAUGAGGAUGAACUGAGAGAUGCAGUUUUGCUUGUGUUCGCCAACAAACAAGAUCUUCCAAAUGCAAUGAAUGCUGCCGAAAUUACUGACAAGUUGGGUCUUCACUCGCUGAGACAGCGCCACUGGUACAUCCAGAGCACCUGUGCAACCUCUGGGGAGGGUCUCUAUGAAGGUUUGGACUGGCUUUCCAACAACAUAGCCAACAAGGCUUAAUGCUUAUCGGGAGUAUUGUGGAUUGGUGAUUCUGGAUGCAGGGGUGAAUAUUAUCUAGCUUUGCUUCUUGAGUCUUGUGGAUCGGUAAUUCUGGAUGCAGAGGAAAAUAUUAUCUAGCUUUUAUUUCUUGGUCGUCUUCUGAAACAACUUGAAUUUGUGUUUAUGACUUUAUGUAUUGUGGUAUAGGAUGGUGCCUAAAAUUUAGUAGAAAUUUGUUUCAUGGGCUUUGUAAUACUUCUGCGCCUUCUAUUGGUUUUCGAUGCAAUGCCCAUAGUUGUAGUUGAGAUACAAUUAAAUAUGCCUCAAGUUCUGCUUUAUAGUUUUAUUUCGGUUGUAUGACCUUUCAUCUAUAUUAUAUAAUGACUUUUUGAUGGGGAAUUUGUUUA